UGGGAUGAUGAUGGCCGGGAAUCUGCAAGGGACGGGGCGUGGUAUAAAAUCCUUUCCUGUUCCUGGUUUCCUUCCAGGGGCCGCUCAAGCAUCUCGCACAGUCUCUCCACAUACCGUCCUCCAAGAUGCCUUCACGACGAACCCUCCUAGGGCUGGCGGCCACGAGCACUUUGGUCAGCGCCGGACCCUGCGACAUCUAUGCCUCCGGUGGGGCGCCUUGUAUCGCUGCGCACAGCACCACUCGUGCUUUGUACAGUGCCUAUUCCGGCCCCCUUUACCAGGUCAUCCGUGGCUCUGACAGUGCCACCACCGACAUCAAGCCCCUCACUGCUGGUGGGGUCGCGAAUGCCGCCGCCCAGGACACCUUCUGCUCUGGCACCACCUGCCUGAUUUCUAUCAUCUACGACCAGUCCGGUAGUGGCAACGAUCUCACCCAGGCGCCUCCUGGUGGCUUCGAUGGGCCCGAGUCCAACGGCUACGACAAUCUGGCCAGCGCGAUCGGCGCCCCCGUCACCCUGAACGGCCAGAAGGCGUACGGUGUGUUCGUCUCGCCCGGCACCGGCUACCGCAACAACGACGCCAACGGCACUGCCACCGGCGACGAGGCGGAGGGCAUGUACGCCGUCCUGGACGGCACCCACUACAAUGAUGCCUGCUGCUUCGACUACGGCAACGCCGAGGUCAGCAGCACCGACACGGGCAACGGUCACAUGGAGGCCAUCUACUAUGGCACCAGCAAGGCCUGGGGCUAUGGGUCGGGCAGUGGCCCGUGGGUCAUGGCCGAUCUCGAGAACAACCUGUUCUCCGGGCAGGCCGAGGGCCUCAACUCGGCGGACCCGUCCAUCUCCUACCGGUUCGUGACGGCCGCCGUCAAGGGCGAGCCCAACCAGUGGGCCAUCCGCGGUGGCAACGCGGCCUCAGGCUCGCUGACGAGCUACUACAGCGGCGCGCGGCCCACGGUGAGUGGCUACAACCCGAUGAGCAAGGAGGGCGCGAUCAUCCUGGGCAUCGGCGGCGACAACAGCAACGGCGCCCAGGGCACCUUCUACGAGGGGGUGAUGACCUCGGGGUACCCGUCGGACGCGACGGAGAACUCGGUGCAGGCCAACAUCGUGGCGGCCAAGUACGCGACGACCUCGCUGACCAGCGGCUCGGCGCUGACGGCGGGCUCGUCGAUCUCGCUGCGCGUCACCACCACGGGGUACACGACGCGCUACCUGGCCCACAACACCACCAACAUCAUCACCUCGGUCGUCUCCUCGUCCAGCUCCUCCACCCUGCAGAAGCAGGCCAGCUGGACCGUCGUCACGGGGCUGGCCAACUCCGGCUGCUUCUCCUUCGAGUCCGUCGACACCCCCGGCAGCUACAUCCGCCACUACAACUUCGAGCUGCUGCUCGCCGCCAGCGACGGCACCAAGCAGUUCAAAGAGGACGCCACCUUCUGCCCGGAGUCCGGCCUCAGCGGCUCCGGCACCUCCAUCCGCUCCUGGAACUACCCCACCCGCUGGUUCCGCCACUACAACAACGUGCUCUACGUCGCCAGCAACGGCGGCGUUCACACCUUCGACUCCCAGACCUCGUUCACGGCCGAUGUGACCUGGUCGAUCAGCUCGGGCUUUGCGUCCGCGUAGAUCGAGGUCCGGCGCUUGGGGACAUGAUGGGCCGGGAGAUGUUUGAUGAUUAUGCUUGAUGCAGAUGUGGAAUACGUUUGGAGGUGAAUCCUUGUAAAUAUGUUGUUAUCUUCCUUACCGUA